AUGGCGUCGAUGCUGCGCCGCGUCGUGACCGCGUCCACCGGCGGCGGCGGCGGCGCGUCCGCGUCCGCGGGCGCGGGCGCGAGCGCGAACGCGCGGACGACGCGCGCGCUGCGACUGACCGACGCCCCGCCGCCGACGCCGCUCCCUCCGCGGGUGAAGCACGUCGUCCUCGGCCCGGACGCGUUCGGCCCCGCGGCGACGAUCGUCGCGUCCGCGCUCGGUCUCCCGGACGUGGACGCGCGAUACGCGCGGCAGCUCAUCGAGUUCGGCGCGGUGUACUACUCCGACGUCCCGCCGCCGCGUCCGCGCGCCGCGAGCGGAAGCGGAUCGUCGUCGUCGACGAACAACAAACGCGACCCGAGCGCGACGCCGCAGCGCGUCAAGUCCGCGAACCGCGUCGUGCACCCGGGCGGGUAUCUCCGCGUGCACGUCCACCCGAAGCGCUUCCCCGCCGCGCGCGCCACGGACUGGCGACGCGCGAUCAUCGCGGCGGGGGACGCGUUCGUCGUCGUGGACAAGCCCGCGGGCGUCAACGUAGGAUUCACCGUGGACAACGCGAAGGAGUGCGUCGCGCAGUGCGUCGCGCGCGCGCUCGGGGACGCGUUCGCGGAGAACGGCUCGGACAGUUCUUCGACGGAUAGCUCGACGGAGUGUUCUUCGUGGGGGUGGGCGGACGCGACGCCGCUCAUCGUGACGCAUCGACUCGACGCCGCGACCUCCGGCGUCCUCGUGCUCGCGCGCGACGUCGAGUUCGCGCGGCACUUCAACGACGCGCUCCGCGAGAGGAAGGUGCAGAAGACGUACGCGUGUGUCAGCGAAGCGCGCGUGCCGGUCGGCGUGAUGGAACACUGGACGGAUCCGGAGGAUGCGACGAGAGGGCCCCGGCGGCACGUGAUGCGGCCGCCGCGAGAGGGGGAUACGCCGUGGGAAGAGCGCGGCGGCGGCGGCGGCGAGACGUCCACAUCGAUCGCGGAGGAGCGCGCGGAGAAGGCCGCGGCAACGACGUCGAAGCAGAAGAAGAGCCAGCGGCAGAAGAAGCGCGAGCGGCGGCUCGCCAAGGCGGAGGAGUUCGUCCACCCGGACGGCCGGCGGCGGUGCGUGCUGCGCGUGUUGACGUGCGAGGAGGUGAAAAUCCCCGGGGAAAAAGCCGGGGACGCGCCGCCGCGGUACGAGUCCACGGUGGAGCUCGUGACCGGGCGGACGCACCAGAUCCGCGCGCAGUUCGCCGCGUCCGGGGCGCCGCUACUCGGCGACGUGCUGUACGGCGGCGCGCGCGUGGGACGGGGGACGGGGGAAGGCGAAGGCGAAGGCGAAGCGCCGAGGGUGUUGGGAAACGACGACGCGUUGUGUCUUCACGCGAGCGAGAUUCGCGUCGACGUCGCCGGGCCGCUAGGGCGGAGCGGGACGACGUUUAAGGCGUCGCCGCCGUGGUGGAGGAGGGGCGCGUCGUAGGACGCUCUGCGGUGUUUUGCCGUCACCGCGCGCGCGGUGUCGCGUACGCUUAAAUCAUCAAAUCAAUCAACAGAGCUACGUAAAC